GCUCAGAGCCUCAUAGCCUGGUGGUGCCCAGCCUCGAGGACCAUGCUCAGGCCUUGCUGACGACCCCCAGCCACCAGCUCAGUCAUGUCAUCGGGCCAGCGAGUGUGGCAUACAGCCGUGCCCGCCCUUGGUCGGACCAGCCCCAUGGCCCCUGUGCCCAGGUCCCCCAGCACCCCUGGCUCGGAGAAGGCGGCCUCCCCGCUGGAGUGCUCCAUCUGCUUCUCGGGGUACGACAACAUCUUUAAGACGCCCAAGGAGCUCUCCUGCACACACGUCUUCUGCCUGGAGUGCCUGGCACGGCUGGCGGCCGCCCAGCCCACAGGCCGUCCCGGCGGCGAGGCUGUGCCCUGCCCCUUCUGCCGGCAGCCCACGGCUAUGCCGGCGGCCGGGGCCCCCGCGCUGCGCACCAGCCGCCAGCUGCAGGCCAGGAUGGCGGCACACCUGCGGCGGGAGGAGCCCGUGUGGCUGGAGGGCACCAAGCUCUGCUGCCACCCGCCGCCCACCACCCCCGGCCGCCCGGCGCCCGGCUUCGUGUGCGUGGACGUGGGCCUGAGCAAGCCCGCGGAACCUGCUGUGCCCCAGCCCGCCCCGCGUCCUGCCCGCCCCCGGGGCCGGCUGGCCCGCUGCUGGGCGCGCUGCAGGGACUGGAGGCGGGUGGCACUGGUCACUGCCCUGCUGCUGGUGCUCUUCUGUGUGGUGCUCUGGCCCGUGCAGUGCGCGCUCAAGACCGGGAACUUGCACUGCCUCCCCCGGCCGCCUGCCACCGCCGCCUUCUCUCCUGGACCCCUGGCCGACAACUAG